GUGCCACUCCUACUGCCACUCCCGCACCACAGUCACCUGGCCGAAUUCGACGGCUGCUGUCCAGGUACGUGACACAGAUGAAAAUCAAUUGAUUUGCAGAAACUGAGAGACUAGUAGAACCACUCGUUCAAUCCGCUCUAUUUUGCGUCCUCGUCGUUUCUCCCUACGAAGGCUCUUCCAAGGCCGGCGUCCCACGCAAAGUUUCUCGCCGCGUCUGCCUCGACCGCGUCCACAGGGCUCUCGCACAGCCAGAGGAACUCCUUUCGAAGGUCCUCCUGGAAGAUCAGCUUUUGAUCAAUCAAGAGCCGGACAUACCCAAUUCAAUUUACCGUUUGAACCCCUUCCACUGCCCGCCAUCCCUGUUGAGGAAGGUACACUGUUCCCAUCUUUCGAUCUUCAUUCAGACAAUACCGCGGAUAGAGCGCAAGCUCAUCCCCCUGAAGAUCGUCAGUAGACAAUUCUCAUCCCUCAAAAUGACGUCGACGACAGGAAGCAGAAACGCAAUCUCACGUGUUCAGCCUCUACGUUUCGGGAACAGGAGUGCCGCAUUUGUUCGUCGCUUGGGAGAGUUCGAAGCAGUUCGGAAAAUUGAUGUUGAUAGAAAAGCUACUGAAGAAGAUAAUUGGUACAACUAUGCAAGGGCACAGGUGGAUAGAACAAUAGAACAAUCGAAACAGUACAAACAAGAUUUAAUUGCAAGGCGGGUGAGGGAGGAGGUCUCCAGAAAACUUGCAAAUGGGAACGUGUUGAUCUUACAACGCCUGGCACCGUCUUCCUUCAAGGUGCGCAAUCCAACGUGCAGUCACCCGUUCUGCCCGGCGCGCAGCAAAACCAGAUCGUCAAUCAUUUAUGGUUUUUCGCUGGAAAAGUACACUGCCCUCGCGGCGGAGCGGGUGCCUUCCUGCAUCUUUGAAGGAAGGCGGCGGAGACCGGCAAGCGGCAGCGAUAACAGCCGGUGGUGGGGGCAGCCGUCGAUUGACGACUACUCCUACGCCUGGUUCUGUGUCGGGUGCCUCGAGUCACUGUGGCGCGGAGACGAGAUGCUGCAAGGUGCGAUCGACCCAGCCGAUGCAGUCUCCGCUCCCCCAGUGGCUAGGGUGCACCCAAACUUGCCACAUCUCCCCGUGCUGGCAGAUAUCUGCCAGUUCAUCUUCCCUGAACUACGGUCCCAGGUGUCGGGAUUUUUUACGCUGUUGCCGCCGCAGGCUCGCGCCUUGCUGAAAUGGAAAAAUGCCAUCAGCCGCCAAGAAAUCCUCGAGAAUCAAACCAACAGAGGUUUCUUGGCCCGGAUCGGCCUCCUAUCAGACUAUGAUGAGGAGGAUCCGGACGCGUUCGAGGUCAAGUUUGCGGACAGGCCGCGGCCCCAGGGUGUUCUCCAGCCCAGUGGGGCCGUCAUCGAAAUGACGGCGGCCGAAGUCAAGGGGAAGCUGUUGAGCGAGGUCAUGACGGCGGUGGAGGCCAAAAUCCGCGCCGAGUGGCAGCGGGUUGGCUAUAGUGAGCAGCCUGCUACUCGGCCUGCCAGAAAUCCACCCAACGCCGCCGCAACUACCGCUUCGACGACUGUCUCUCUGCCACCAAAUACUGCCACUGCGCCAGCGACGUCGAAUCCUUUUAUUCCCGCAGCUGCCUCUUUUGCUUCUCAAUCAACCUCCGCUUCUUCCGCUCCUGGAUCUCUCUCUUCUCCUGCUCCCGCUCGGUCCUUCGCGUCUACCCCAGCUGUCACUCCGACCUUGAAUACUUCGUUACCCGCUUCUUUAACUCCUUCAUUUUCUCCCGACACCGCUUCUACGCCGAGGUUGAACCAUUCUCUUCCCUCGCGGCCUGCGCGUUCAUUCUCAUUUGAUUACACUUUACUUGAUCCCGCUUUACCCGGCGUACCUGCUCUUCUUCUUCAAGCUGCCUCCACUCCCACUCCGACUCCGGCUGAGAAUACGUCUGAAACGAUGGACAUGGACAUGGACAUUGAUAUUCCUGACGUCAAUGACUCCACCGAGAACGCGGAAGACCAAUCACAUGGAGCUCAAGACGUGCCUGCAUCUGCAGACGAAGACAGCGAUAUCGAUCUCGCUGACCCGUUCCUCAAUCCUCGAAAAAAUGAUAGAUUUUACGGUCCUCCGCGCAGCAUUUGAUGAGUCUUACGAUACGGCUGACGAACAACUGAUGAGAUUUAUGAUACGAAAAUACCGAUACGAUGGAUGAUGCAUAAUGCAUAUUAGAACGAAGUA